ACUGAACGGUUGAUUACUUAUUCUUAUUGUUAGUUUUGUCUUCUGUGUUUACAAACUUUAACCAAACAAAUUAUCAUCAAGGUUGGCGACAAUCAGCAACAUUCAUCAACAGUAAAGAAGUGGCAUCAGUAGUGUAACACAUCGUUUCUUCGUCUUUUUUUCCUCCAGUCAGUGCUGAGGCCUUGUGGGUUUUUCUGGAACAUUUGGUAAAAAUGGAAACAAUGAACUCAGCGUCAUCAACAGCCAUAUGUAAACCAGUCAACGGUUGCCAUCCAAUUGAAACAAGUGACCAAAGGAAAGUCAAUUAUGAUCCUUCUGGAAAUUAUUCAACAGACACGAGUUCCAUUGAUUCAGGUGAAUUUGUUGUUGACACUGGAAUACCAAUUAAAUCAUCAGCCAAUCAUGGAUCUAAACUGGACAAGAAACCGCUGUUAACCAAGCUUGUAGACAACACUACUAAUGUUAGUAAAGGCUCCGUAUUAUCAACAGGUCGUCAUUUACUUGAUGGAUCAGCUUUCUCACAUCGAAGUAUCGUAAAUUUAUAUUCAGAAUACAAACAAACCAACGACAGAACAGUGUUUCAUAGACUUUCAUUUGUCUCAGUCAUUGUGGCUUCAGUUCUAUGGAUCAGCUGCUGGUGUGGAGUAUUAUUUCUGCCUCUAGCAAUGAUAGUCUUUGGAAUCAUAUAUCGUGAUGACUGCCCGAGUAUACCUGAAUUGCCUGGUUUAUUGAUCUUUAUGGGAGCUGUGACAACAAUCAAUAAUAUUGUUAACGUUCUGGAUCAUAUUCGUAAUUUAUAUAUUAAUGAGAAUAGUCAAGCUGAAAGUAAUUCAAGUGGUUCAUCUCGUUUAUCGACUUUCAGCUUUUUCCUAAAUUUUGUAACCCUCAUUCUGGUUAUUUACCUUGCUGUGAUUGUAUUUAAACAUCCAUCAACAACAGAUGAUGACAAAAGUAAUCAUUUCUGCUCACCAGUUAUCUACAAUUUUGCCUCAUGGAUAAUUUAUUUGCUUGGACUUCUAUGCCUUUUCAUUUUCGUUGCCAUUUUCUUGGGCUGUUGUUAUAUCCUAUGGAAACCCUCUCGAUGUGGAUCUUGAUUUUCUCAUUAUUGAUCAUCAACUCUGUAAAUUCAACCUCACAACUUGCUCACCAUGAUUUCAAUUCAAUUUUUCAUCGUGCAAAUAAUCCAUGGAGAGAAAAUUCAAGAAUGAUGAGAAUUUAUUGAUACUCAUAAUCAUUCAUCUCUUUUACUUAUACAUUGUACAUUGAGUUAACUUUUGUUUUCUGGUUUUCAACAUUUGCUUUGGUAAGUCAAUCAUUCAAAUCAAAUUUUUAAUUAUUUAUAAUGUUAUUGCAAAUUCUCAGUAUACUCAAUAUCAAUCCGAUUAAUUGUUAAUAAAUUAUGUUGAAUAACCGAAAAAUAAUACAUGCUUUCAUAAUGUUGUAUAAGAUUUA